AUGAUGUACGAGCUAGCAGUUUCUGUCAUUUGCCGAUGUUUCGCGGGGUGAGAAGGUGCUGUGGCGUUUCGGGGACUGCCGAACUGGUUCGCGGUCCGCCCUGGUCCGCCCGAUUCCCAUCGGGACGUCCUCGCGCUUCUGGCUCUGCACUGCGCCUGUCUUCGUCCGUCACGUCUUCCCAGCCCUGCCGAUACCAUCUCCCUCCUCGUCGUCGCCCUCGACGGCCACAACCUCAACGACCCCCUCCCGACAUCGCGUCGACCGUUAUCGAGACAUUUCUGCCAUUGCCUCGAUUUUGACUUAACAGCGCCGGGUCUAGUCCUUUUGCGUCUCGGGACCGUCUUCUGCACAACGCUCCCAUCCUACCCUCUUUGACUUGCAUACCCUCGACAUCCGCGUUGCACCAGUCAUCCCACCAGUGCAUCGCUGCUUGACUGUCAUUCCUGAUACCCUCGUCGUCGCACAUAUCACCUUUGAUCCUGUCCUCACUAGCCAUGGCCACAGGCGGAGACGGCGCGAACCAGAAUCCCCACACCUCUACACCUCCUCCGACUUGGGAAGGGGAAGGAAUGUUUAAUAUAUAUAUCCAUGACUACUGUACCAAGCGUGGUUUCGAGCAAACUGCUAAAGCGCUGCUUCAAGAGGCCAGGCUCCCUCCCGAUUCAACGCCUCCGAUUAACGCUAAGCAAGGUCUGCUGUUUGAGUGGUGGAGCGUAUUUUGGGUGCUGUUUCAGGCAAAGAGCAAUAAUCAGGGCCCAGAUGAUGCGAUGCUGUAUACGCAGCAACAGGCACAGAAGCAAGCGCAAUCUCGGCUCCCGCCACAAGUUCCGCAGACUCGCAUGAUCAACGGUGUUGUCAGACCUGGAGGUCAUUCGAUGCCAAACGGCAUAAUUGCCAAUGGCUUGCCUCAACAAACGCUGCCGAAUGGGACAACAGCAUCGGCUUUUUCUGGUCUGCCUCAAGCAAACGGAAAUGUCGCCCCUGGUACGACCGGGGCGGCACCACCGACACAGCCGCAUCAUAUACCGCCACUGUUGGCUGGACAAAGACCGAACGGUGCCGCGGGGCCGCAAACCAAUUCCGCUUCCGCGAUAGGCCAGAUGGGCGCCUCGCAGCCGCUAACCCAAAUGAAUGCCCGUAGCGGCAUGCCACCUCCGGGUGGUCCCCAAGGAUCGUUGGCACCAGGACAGGUUCCUCAAAAUAUGUUUCCACAGAUCGGUCGAUCUCCAAGCCAGCCUGGUUCACCAGCACAGAAUGGCAUGAUGCCAUCGCGAAGUCCAUCGAUGGCAGCGCGUCAGCCGCCGAACAUGCCGGGCAACGCUCAGCAAAUGCAAGACGUUGAGCUGCAUCGCUUUCCACCAGAACUUCUGCGCAUGGUCAAGCAGGAGGCAGGGGUUGGCGAUAGGGACCUGUCGAUCUUGACGCCAGACGAGAAGCAACGAGUAUUAAAUGUUGCAAGGCAGAGGCGACAUAUUCCGCAAGGCAAGCAAGUGAUGUCUGGGAUGCCUGGGCCAAGUAAUGCAGGUGCUGGGCCUUCGGGCUCGAAUCAAGCAAUGCAACCACCUCGCAACCCGCAGAUGCCACAAAUUUCGCAGCAGGCUCAAGCGCAGCAGCAACAGCAACAGCAACAGCAGCAAGCGCGCGGGAACAAACGCAGUAGUACCUCUCCUGGACAAGAUCAGGAUAUCAAGUCUGAAUCAUCGCCUCCCGAUCGGAAGCGACUACGCAAGUCUCCUGGUGGCGAGCAACCAGCGAUGCAUUCGGCAGCUAUGCCUUCACUGUUCCCUCAGCAGUCGCCCAUGCCUGGUGGACCUGGUGGACCCCAAAUGGGCAAUAACAUGAGACCCAUGCCCCAGUUCUCCCAACGACCAGGGAUGCCAAUGCCACCCAAUGUUAUGAUGCAAAUGGCUCCCAUGGGAGGGCCUCCAAUGAAUAGUGCAAUGAGUCCCGCGAUGAUGAGUCACCAAGGCCCGAAUGGUAUGAUGAAUUCCCAACUCACGCAGCAAACGUAUAGCCAAUCAAUGCUCCAGAUGCACAAGAAUAACAUCCCUACGGGUGCACUCAGUAAUCUGCAUCAACAGGGAGCUGCGGGCUCGCCGUCAUCUUCAGAUGGUCCAGGCGGGGUGAAUCGACUGCAGAACAAGGGCAUGGUUGGGAUGAUGCCACCGCCGCCAUCGCCGAGCAUGAAGAAUACGCCGGGGCAGAACAAGGAGGGGGUUAGCGGUGAUCCAUCGGUACCGAACAGUGUCCGGCAGGAUGGUUCCCCGCAAAAUGCUGCACUUGGCACAGGACCAAGCCAUCCCUCUGUACCGGGCGGUCCAUCCGCGGGUCCGGGCACUGCACCCCCUACUCCCGGUAUAGCGAAUGCAAGCAUCACGGCUCCCUCACCUUCGGCGAUGCAUAACGCCACAGGCACACCGUCUAUGCCGCCGAAUCAGCCGCCUAUACCACCACAGCCUCAGCAAGACCCCCAAGAUUUCUUCGCCAAUGAAGACUUCAUGACGGCUGGGGCGAUGUUCGAGGACCCGAUGUUCAGAGGUUCCGAAUUCGAUCUUGCCGAUUGGUUCAACGUCGACAAUGAACUCCGCCCAGAAUGAUCGCAUUGCUGCGUCGCCGUCGGCUGAUCACUCUGUUCAUCUGCGUUGGGUGAGGGAUUUGUAGUACCAUCUUUUCUUGAAUGAUGCUGCCGGACCUGUAUCGAUCUUGGUGCUGCUGGUAGCUGUAGGUUUUGAACCCAUGGGUGCUGCUUCACCUUUACAUGGACGUUGUUGUAUUUAUUACAAAACCUGCGCGCACCCCGUGUGGUGCUAGUCCUCCUCUCGUGCUUCCUGCGUUUGCAUACUAGUUGCGCGUUUUCGUUUUCGUUUUUUUCCCUGCUGUCGCGUUAGCUCAUCCCAGAUAUCCUAGGUUCUGCGAUCAUAGUCAUCCAGUGUAUUUUGAUACUUUUUUACACUAUGCGGAAGGAAUCGAUCUUUUUCUCGUU